AUGUUUUCACUUAAUUCGCUUGGGAUGAAAGUCCAGAGGAACGAAACCGUCAACUUCCUUGACUAUGGCAAAGUUAUGAAGAUCAUAAGCGAUGGCUCUAAGAGGAAUGCUUCCGUUAUGGUGAUAAACGUGGAGUCUACACCUUCCUGUACCACUAGUAUUCAGCACGGCAAAAGGGACUUUGAUACCGACACGCCACGGGAUAUCAAUUCCCUAAAAGUUUCAGUUCUCCCUACCGAUCUUGAAUUAGUUCCACGACACGAAGCAGUGGACCCUAGGGUAGGUGAUUAUUUCGUAAUUGAAGAAGUCGUGAAAGCCUUGUAUGGUAACCUUGGCGCAUACUUUGCUGGAAAGGUUCCUAUUCCCACUGCCCCCAAGGCGUUUUCAUUGGAAAAGGGCUUGCUUCUGGAAUUACACGGCUUCAUCUGCUCCCAAGGCAUGUUCUAUCUCAUCAACGGUACCCUUUUCAUGAGGCCGUGGGUUUUCAUUGAUGGCUGCUCGGAAAUUGUCGGUCUCGCUUUCGUUGAGACCGGUUGUUGGAAAGCUGGUUGGGUAGACGAGACUGGUUUGGCGAGGAGAAAGCUCAGGAGGUAUUUUAAGCCUUAUAUCGACUCCGACUUUCAAUUCUAUGAUCUCGACAAUGACGCCGAGAACUGUGGGCAAGUGGGCCACAAGUGUCCCGAAGGGUCUUCGUGUGUCGGCUCCGCCUGUACCAGCCCAACAUGCUCUGGCCCCUCCAGUGCUGGGAGCGCCUAUGGGACUUGUCUCGGCUCCGGCGGUUUCGAUGAUGUGAAAUUCGACCUUCCCUCGGCCUUCCCUCCCAUAGUGGGGCCAGGCUCAAGUCCCAAGAGCGGGUGGGAAAUGUCGUUUGAGUCGUUGGACAGUUAUCUCGCAAACGAUUUUUCCUUACCUAAAGAUUGGUACCUAGUGUAUGAUGGUAAACGUACAAUCAACACUAAGUGCGUUGUCGUUGGAGAGCUACCAUUUGCCACAAUUAACGCCUUCCCUGAGAAUGCCAUUUUGACUUUUCAGACCCAGGUUGUUUCAUAA